AUGUUAUGCAGCCUAACUAGCCUUGAGUUUUUUGAUAAACUUUUUUCAGAAGGUAUCGUGCAUGAAAAUGGCAAAAUUGUGCAGUGUUACGAUGAAUACUAUGAGAAUUUGAUUCUUUCGGAUGAACUUCGAAAGAUGUUACUAAUGGAAGAUUCCGAUCAUUACGAUUUGUUCAGUAAGGAAGAACGUUCUGAAUUCUUAUUUCGAAUAUUUCAGCAUCUUGUGAUUGGAGGGCCAAUAUGCCAGCAUGAAGAUGAUAUCCAGCCCUACCUUGAUACAGCUAAAUCUAUUUAUAAGGAUUUGCUAACAGUCCAAAAGGAUAAGGUCACUAAGAAACCAUUUGUUACUUCCUUCGUAUAUCUUUUGGCAGCCAAGGAUGAGAAAGAUAACACUCUAUUUCCAUCUGCAGAGUCUCAACAGCAGACAUUUUGUUACGCAGUUAUAGAUCCAGUUAAGCGUUAUGUAAAGACUGAAGUUGGCAUGUACAGAAAGGGGUCAAGUAUUCUACGAUUGGAAUUUGCCAAGGUUUCUUAA